AUGUCGUCGCAUUUGAAGCGUUCUCAGUCUUCUUUGGGAUUUGAGAACAAUAAUGAACUUGGGGACGAUGACACAGUCCAUGCCCCAGGCUCUUCCCACUCGAGAAAACGCCCUCGCACGUCCGCUUCCCCCACGUCUGAAGAAAACGAGGCCAGCGAUGGUGAUGAGGCAGCGUCAAUAACUGAGUCCCUCAGCGAGGAUGAAGAUGAAUUAGAACUGCGCGCAACCCAGGCAAUUCAGCAGAAAUAUUCUUCAUCGAAUAACGAAGAGAAUGUUCCCGCGGAGCACGGUAUUCUGGAGCGCGUCGAAUGCUACAACUUCAUGUGUCAUGACCAUUUUGCCGUGGACCUGGGGCCACUCAUUAACUUCAUCGUGGGGAAAAAUGGGAGCGGCAAGAGUGCAGUUCUUACAGCGAUAACCCUCUGUUUAGGUGGUAAAGCGUCUGCUACCAAUCGUGGGCAGAGUUUGAAAAGCUUUAUUAAAGAGGGCAAGGAACAUGCUGCUAUCGUUGUGCGGAUCAAAAAUCAAGGCGAUGGAGCCUAUUUGCCGGACGACUACGGAAAAUCUAUCAUAAUAGAACGCCAUUUUACGAAGAAUGGAACAAGUGGUUUCAAAAUAAAAGCCGACAAUGGUCGCAUAGUUUCCAACAAGAAGGCCGAAUUGGAUUCCAUUAUCGACUACUUCACGUUGCAAUUCGAUAACCCUAUGAAUGUUCUAUCGCAGGACAUGGCGCGUCAAUUUCUCAGCACAUCCAGCCCGGCCGAGAAGUACAAGUUUUUUGUGAAAGGAGUCCAGCUUGAGCAAUUGGACCAGGACUACCGAUUGAUCGAGGAGUCAGUUGACCAGAUUCUGGAAAAGCUCAAAAGCAAAAAGCAAGACAUUGGAAUCUUGGAGAACCGCAAAGAUGUUGCAAGACAAAGACUAGAGAUCUCUGAUCGUCACGAGUCCUUGAGAAACAGGAUCAGAAAUAUUCGAAAUCAGAUGGCCUGGGCUCAGGUUGAGGAACAGGAAAAGAUACGGGACGCUUUAGAGGAUGAGCUUGCACAAACAACCGAACAUAUCGCAGCAGCUGAAGCAGAACUUGGUAGAUUUGAUGAUGCGUUUCGAGAGGUCGAAGGAGAGUCCGAAACCGCUGCUCAGUUUGUGAGGCGAGCUCAAUCAAAAGUCGAGCAGGCCGAAAAUGAAAGAGAAGAGAUCAAGAAUAGGUCAGAUCAGCACAUGAGUGAGCGUCAUGAUUUACAGGCCCAACAACGCCAGAUUAGGGAAUAUGUGAAAGCAGCAGAGACAAGUAUCAACGAGGCACAGCAGAAGAUUGCCGAGGAAGCUCAAAGACUGGCAGAUGUCAGUGGUGGAAGCUAUAUACGUCAACAAGAGCAAUACGAGCAGGCACAGUCAGAAGCAAAUGGAGCAAAGGAGAAGUAUGAGCAACUUCAACAAGAUACGGGCCGUCUACGUCAGCAACUGGAACAGGCCGGACGAGAUGCCAAAUCAGCAGAAGCGCCCAUUGAUAAGAAGAAGGCGGACGUCCAACAAGCGGAGAGGCUUCUACAAAAUCUUACCGAGGAAGGUGGGGUCAACUAUUCAGGAUACCAUGAGAAGAUGCCGAUGCUUCUCAGGGCGAUCCAACAAGAGAGGUCAUUCUCGAGGCAUCCUGUUGGCCCAAUUGGAUACCAUGUGACUUUACUCAAGCAGAAGUGGUCAUCAAUUCUGGAAACCUCGCUCGGCACGACAUUGAACAGUUUUAUUGUGACUUCGAAAAGGGACAUGAACAUCCUAUCCGGCGUUAUGCAAAGAAUUAAUUGCGUGUGCCCCAUUUACAUAGGAAGCGACGGCCAUAUCGACACGUCCCAACACGAACCCGAUGCUGAUUUUGAUACAGCAUCGCGUGUCUUGCAGAUCGACAAUGACCUUGUACGCCGCCAAUUAAUCAUCAACCAUGGCAUCGAACAGAUGUUAUUGAUUGAGACACUAGAGGAAGCAUCUUCUGUACUUUUUGACGGGGCCCGCCCAAGGAAUGUUAAGCGAUGUUAUUGCAUUGACCGGAGAGACAAGCGACGGGGCAUUCAUCUUUCCUAUAGUCGCAUGGGGGAACCCAGCCAGGCACCGGUUCCAGCUUACAGUGGGAGUCCGCGAUUGAAAUCUGAUCUCGAUUCGCAGAUAAGACAUCAACGUGAAAUUGUCGAAGAUCUUCGGCGUGGACUAAAUAGUCAAGAACAAGAAUUCCGCCUUGCACGGUCUCGCGCAGAGAAUUGCAAGCAAGCUCUUGUACGGCAUGAGAGGACGAUCAAGCAGCAACAGAUUGUUGUGCAGAGAGCGGAAGAUCGCGUGGAGGAGCUCAAGGAGGCACUCGAAAAGGAAAAUGUCGGUGAUGGGAGUAUCGAUAUACUUCGUUCAGCCCUCGUGGAUGCUGAGGCCGGAAAACGACUCAACGAAAGGCAGUACAAUGACAGCGUCGAGGCCAUGAAAGCUAUGAUGGACACCCUGAAGGAAACAAGACGAGAGAUGAAGGAGAAAGAUGCCCAAAUAGCCGCUUUACAAGAAGAGCUCCGGGUUGCGCAGAGCGAAGAACAAAUGGUGAAGGAGAAGCGCCGACAAAUUCUUGGCAGCAAAAAUGCUGUGAUCGAGCGAAUCGAUUUGAUCAAGCGUAACCAGGAGAAAAUCCGUCGACAAAAUGAGGAAGCUGUCGCACGGGUCCUUGACUACAUUGAAAAGGCCAGCAUGGUGUCUACGCGUGUCGCUGUUGACGAAGGAGAAACUACUCACAGUCUAGACAAGAAGCUUGAUAGGCUCCAUAGAGAUCUUCAACGCUAUAAUCGGGAGAUUGGGGCGUCUCGAGAAGAAUUGGCAGCAGAAGCCUCAAGAGCAACUGUGGCUUACGAGCGUGCUGAGAAGCACAUCAGAGAACUUGAAUUGCUGGCUAAGAUCUUCGCCGAGACAUUGAGACACCGCAAAGAUCGGUGGGGGAUCUUCAGGUCACACAUCUCAUCUCGGGCCAAGGCACAAUUCACAUACCUCUUGAGUGAAAGAAGUUUCCGCGGCCGGCUUCUUGCUGAUCACCAGGGCAAGCUUCUAGAUUUACAGGUUGAACCCGACAUAACGAAGGAGGAUGGUGCUGGUCGGGGCGCAAAGACGCUGUCUGGAGGUGAAAAGUCAUUCUCCCAGGUUUGUCUAUUAUUGGCGCUGUGGGAAGCGAUGGGCUCGCCCAUCCGCUGCUUGGAUGAAUUUGAUGUCUACAUGGACCACGUCAACAGGAAGAUGGCAAUCGAUAUGCUUAUGCUUGCUGCUCGACGUUCAAUCGGAAGACAAUUUAUUCUCAUCACGCCUGGUUCAAGAUCGGAUAUUAGCCUGGCGCCCGAUGUCCGGGUGAAAGAGUUGGCAGAACCAGAACGAGGACAAACUACGUUGCCCUUUACACUAUAA